GGGGAUCACGGACUAUCGAAUUAACAGGGUCGACCGUCGUUGAGCUUUGGCACUACUGCUUUCCACGCCAGCCCGCCCCUCCCCUUAACUCACAUCUGAACGAUCUCGACUUCGCCAUCGGACCGUCUCUUAUUUUGCUUUACUUAAUCGAUACUGCAACGACUUGAUUCGUCAUGGAUGAGAUUGCGCCGGAGUAUGAUGUCGUCGUGCUGGGCACUGGCUUGACUGAAUGCGUUCUUUCUGGAGUCUUGAGUGUGAAGGGCAAGAAGGUGCUGCACAUUGAUCGCAACGACCACUAUGGCGGAGAAGCAGCAUCCGUCAACAUUGAGACACUUUUCAAAACUUAUGGAAACGUACGCCCCGGGGAGGAGCCAUGGAAGAAAUACGGCCGAGUCAACGAUUGGAACGUCGAUUUGAUCCCCAAAUUACUCAUGUCGAACGGAGAGUUAACCAACAUCCUGGUUUCUACUGAUGUCACAAGGUACUUGGAGUUCAAGCAGAUUGCUGGAAGCUACGUGCAACAAGGCGAGGGUCCCAAAGCUACCGUCGCCAAGGUCCCUUCGGAUUCCGGCGAAGCUUUGCGCUCAACUUUGAUGGGUUUGUUCGAAAAGAGAAGAGCCAAGAAGUUCCUGGAAUGGGUGGGCGAGUUCAAAGAUGACGACCCAAGCACCCACCAAGGGUUCAACCUCUCCUCUUCUACUAUGAAGGAUGUCUACGACAAGUUUGGCUUGGAAGCCACAACCCGCGACUUUAUCGGCCACUCAAUGGCACUUUACCAGUCCGACGAAUAUAUUGUAGCUCCCGGAGGAGUCAAGGAGGCGAUCAACCGUAUCCGGUUAUACGUCAACUCCAUGGCCCGCUACGGAAAAUCUCCCUACAUCUACCCGCUCUACGGACUCGGCGAACUUCCUCAAGGUUUCGCCCGUCUUUCGGCUAUCUACGGUGGUACCUACAUGCUGAACACAGACGUUGAUGAAAUUUUGUAUGACGAGAGCGGUAAGGUCUCUGGUAUCAAGGCCACCAUGAAGGAGCGUGAUGAGGCCGGCGAGGGCAUGAAGUUCACAACAAAGACAACCAAAAUCAUCGCAGACCCAUCCUAUUUCCCUAGUAAGGUCCGAGUUAUCGGCCACGUCAUUCGCGCCAUUUGCAUUCUGAAGCACCCUGUCGACAAAACCGACGGCAGUGAUUCACUACAGCUCAUUAUUCCCCAGUCACAAGUCGGACGCAAGCACGACAUAUAUAUCGCCGUUGUCUCCUCUGCCCACAACGUCUGUCCAAAGGGUUACUACGUCGCCAUUAUUUCCACCAUUGCCGAGACCCAAGCUAACCAUCACUUGGAGCUGGAGCCCGGUUUCCAGAGACUGGGAGCAAUUGAGGAGAAAUUCAUGGGCCCUCCAAUUCCUCUCUACGAGCCUCUCGAGAAUGGCAAGAAGGAUAACGUCUAUAUUUCCAAAAGCUACGAUGCUACUUCGCACUUUGAGACGACUACUGAUGAUGUCCGUAACAUCUACGAACGUGCAGAAGGCCACGAGCUCGUUGUCGAAGGCCUUCGCGAGGGCCAGAACCUUGUCGGUGAAGAGUAAAAUCUUAUUUGAUCGAGUCAUAUACCACACCGGAUCCAGCACGAAAUGCGAGCGUUGCUUGAUUAAGGUGUCAGAUAGUUUUUUGAGUAAUCUCGCUGUCUCGUACCUGGAGCAUGUCCUUGACUUGAGGAGCCUUCAGUAUCUCAAGAAGAUUGCAGCUCCUCUCUUCUGUCUCUCUAUCCUCCUAUAUGUUGAUAAGCUUUCUUCUAGACCUAAUACACCAUUCGCUGAAUCAACAGCCCUUCUACAACCGAGUAUUUACGUAGUUGAUCAUGCACAUAUUCACCUAUAUAACAAU